AAGUAUUUUCCCAGGCAGCUGCCCAUCAUUUGCUGAGGUUCAAAUCCAGCCAGGUCUUAGAUGCUCCAACUGCCAGUCGCCCAUCGUCCUAUGCAGAAAAAGAACGACAGUCACCCCUCCCACUUCCAGACGGUCAGUUUACCGUCUCCAUGGUUGCGUUGCUAAGUACCGCAUAGGUGGCCGAGACAGAAAAUCGUUGCGGAGAAGACGGUUUGUUUGUUUUUUUAAACUGUGAUACGAAAAUGAGCGUGUCCGUCACUCGCACAAUUCCCAGGCAAAAUAAUGCUGAUAAAGUUGUCAGGCGGCAACGGGUUUACGACUACUUGUAUGAUCCAGUUUACACCGUGUCAUCGGAGGUAGACCAUGCCCGGUCCGGCCUCAAGGCCUAUGCGUCUAAGGACCGAGUCCGGAAAGUGCCUGAGUUUGGGUCUUUGUUCAGUGACCUGUCCCACCAUCCACGGUAUACUGUUCAGCUGGACCCUGCAGACCCAGUACCAGCAUCCAUUGAUCGUCGCUGGCGAGGCCACACGGAGCGGCGCAAAGAGGCACUGCAGCAGCUGGCUGGGGUUAUUCCAAAUGCUUACUCAGGGCUGAAAAAGGAGGAGUGCCAUGUGACUGGAGUUGAUCGCUGGAAAUACUUUAAACGCCCUAUAAUUCCCUUCGUGCAGCAGAUUCCCCCGGAUGUGAUUUUUGCUUUGCCUAAAGGAGAUUUUGUAACAACUGGUGGAAAGAAUGCUGAACAACAGCCCACCCACUUCACUGUGGGCAUCCAGACAGACUACAGGGAAAGUGAAGCACAGACAGACCCAUAUAGCCCUGAGUAUGUGGUACAACCUGGGACGAGUCCCUCGGAGCUCCUGAGACUGGCCGCUUUCACUUGGGGUCGUGGUCUGCCUGCAGGCCUGGCCGAAGUGGAAAUGAUAGAGCGGGCACGUGCAAAACGAGUUUGGGAGGCCAGCCUUCCUCCACCGGAUGACCUGAGUCAGCUCGACAAGAGGAGGCGUAUGAUGGAGGAGAUGGAGGCCAAAGAGUGGGCUUUCAGAGAAAGAGAAAUCCAGAAGUUGCAAGAGAUGCGUCUUACUGUGCUGAAGGACCUGUUGAGGCAGAGAGAUGAAGCCCAGAAAGAAGUCACAAACGAGAGACUGAACCAAAUAUAUUCUAAGCACCAAAAGGACAAGGAGACCAAGCUACACAAGAUCCACAAUGACUACAUUAGGUCACUGAGAAAACUGGAAGCUAAGAGGAGAAAUGUGGAGGAGAAGCUAGAGCGACGUGGCAUUGCCAAAGACUAUACAGCUUCUCAGACAUAUGCCCCUCAGACCCGCAGGGAUAGGUUUACCAGGAGCGCCCGCAACAAUGAAUUACAAAGCCACUACUUAGACACAUAUGAAGGCUUGGUAGAGCUAGAAGCAGGACUCUCUGCCUCACCCCUUAAGCCAUGGGUGAAAAGACCCAAACCCGAAGUUAACAUCAUCAAGGACAUGGUCAAGCCCCCUGUGAGCAGAGCAGAACAACAACUGAUGAAGAAAUACAAGGCCCUGAGGGAGGAAGAGAACAAGCAAGUGACAAAGAAGUCCUUGCGUUUUCUUGUCAAGAAGGAGAAGCCUGUUCCUCGUCCUGUCACUCCCCGAGUGGAGCAGCCACCAGAGGGAGAUGAGGAGAUAGAGCUUGCAGUCAUCAGCUUGCAGAAACUACUGAGAGGAAGAAGUAUCCAGUAUGAGAUGUUUAAGGGCAAGGAGAACCAUCUGGAGCUUAUCCAGGAACUGAGGACGGUCCACGCCCUGCAGAGGGAGGAGCAGGAGCUACAGAAAGCUGAUAAAGAGCUUUUAAUCACCCUGAAAAAACAGAGAGACCAAAACAGUCACAAGACCUCUCAAGAGGAAGCGUCUCAGGCGAGAGUGGCAGGUGCAGAGCUUGAACACCUGUUCGACAACCUGUCCAAGGAGCUGAUUCGUCUCCAGGAAGAGCGCAGGAUCCAUGCCUUCACAAUACUGGCUGAGAGAGACCGUCGCCUUCGAGAGGCUGAGGAGAGUGGAAGGAGACAGUUGGAAGAUCGCAGACGCAGAGAAGAAGAUGAGAUCUUUAGACAAGUGGUGCAGGUACACCAGGAAACUGUGGAUUUGUAUUUAGAGGACAUCAUCUUUGAGACUUUGGAGCAGACAGCUGACCAGCAGGCCAGAGAGGAGAUCCGCAGGAGGGCAAAGGAGGUUAAUGACAUCGCUUACGCCAUGGAGGAAAGCCGGAACGAUCUUCAGUCGGAGGAGAUUGUGUCAGAGUUGGUGUACAGUUUCCUUAUCCCAGAAGUUGAGAAGAACAGUGUCAGACAAAGAGUGCACCUGAGGCAGCAUAGACACUUAGAGGCAGCUCGGCAUAUCAUUCAUGGGACUGCAGAGCAUUCUGGGAUCGUUCCUAGUACUCUGGAGGCCUCACAGUUGACCUGUCCCUCUGAAAGAGCCUCCAACCAAGUCCUCGAGGAGAUGAUCAGCCAAGUUGAGCAGGAGCAGAGGAAGGAAGCAGAGCAGCGCCUCAAUCAAACUGAGUAAAGAGAGGACCAAAAUAUAAAACGUGCACUGAGAUGCAGUAUGUGUAUUUGAUCUGGAAUGUACAGUGUGUUCCCACCUUUGCUGACAGGGUCCAACUACAAGCUACAUUUUCAUCUGGGCACUCAGCGCUUUAUAGGUGCACUGAACUAAGACAGAGAUCACACUGUAGAUAUUUACUAUGUGAGUGCUGGGGUCCAUUUCCCUAGUGAUGCCCCUGCACUCAACCCCUAAGGAGUUAAUUCAAUUCCUCAGCCACUCUGAGGCCCUUUUCAUCUUAAUUUGGCCAGCUGAUGCAUUCAGUGAUCUGUUGACACAGACGUAAAUGUGCUUUUCUGUGCUCUAAACUGCUCUUGUAUAAAUGUAUAAAAGAUGUUCUUCAAUCCUCAUAAUGUCAGUUACUUUCUUUCAUGAUCCUGCAGUCUAAUACAAAAUCCUGCAAUAAAUCCUACCUUCAUGAAGGUUGUACUGUACAG